AUGCAGACCGUAUUGCGUGCACGAGGCCGCGCUUUGGUUGUAGCUCGACCACCACGUCCAUCGCGUUCAGUAUCUGCGGCAAUCGGGUCUUCAUGUUCAUGGCUGCAGCUGCAAGGUACACAACGCGGAGUUUUUUCGACAUCUUCAAGUUCAUCUUUGUCAGGUCAGAAUUUUGCUCUUUCGAUCUUUAAGGGUGAGACACAACGUCAGCUAUGGAUUCGAUUAGCACUAGCGAUAGUUGGUGUGGCAGUUGCAGUCACGGAGAACACUGCAGAUGCAAAGGAAUUGGUAGGCGAUGGAAAGGAAGAUCCUAAACAAUUACCAACGAUGACCGAUGAGCACCACGAUAACGUUAUAGCUACCGAGCAAAAUGAUGGCAAAAAACUUACGUUACGAAAACGAAAGACAAUUUUGCGAGAUGGCAAGAUGGUGGUAAGCACAGCUGCCGUGCGAGGAGAUCGUCCCUACAUGGAAGACACGUCGUAUGUCUCUUCGUGCAAGCGGUUUGCUGCGGUUUAUGAUGGUCAUGGAGGCUCGGCAGUCUCGCAGUAUCUUCGUAAUCAACUUUAUUCCAUGAUCUCACCCGAGCUUUCACAUUUGGAUCAGGAAAUUUUAGCGGAAAAUAAAGAAGAAAACAAUGUGAAGGGAAAGCUGAGUCGACGUCAAAAGAUAGCAACGAUGUUACAUGACGCUAUACAUAAAUUGGAUCAAGAUGUAAUUGCAAAGAGUGAGUGGAAAUUUCAAGGCUCAACCGCUGUUGGAGUGCUUUUAUUUGAUGAUGUACUAUACUCGCUGAAUGUGGGAGACAGUCGUGCGGUAUUAUGCCGAGCUGGAAACGCUGUCGAACUAACUCGAGAUCAUAAACCAAAUGACCCUCAAGAACGCGCUAGGAUCGAGUCUCUGGGUGGCCGUGUACAAUGGUUUGGCUAUGUUGAUGCUCAAGGCGAACCAAUUGAACCAUACGGAGCAUAUCGAGUUAAUGGCAAUUUAGCAGUGGCCCGAGCUAUAGGUGACCGCGACUCUCGUCCAUUUGUGAAUGGAGAGGCUGAAAUCCGCCAGUACGACAUCGAGUACGAUAAAGACGAGUUCAUUGUGAUCGCGUCGGACGGACUUUGGGAUGUUUUUACCAGUAGCGAGGUGAUUGAAUUUGUGCAUGAUGUUAUGAGUGGCGAGUUGGGCGGGCGUGAGGCCUGGAGCAGUGGUGGUCACAGUGACACUCGUGUGCCCAUUUUCGAAUGGUCUCAGCAAUAUACUAGAGAUCGGUCGAUGAUUAAAGCGGCACGUAGGCGACGGAAGGUACAGAUCGCUAAUUAUCUGGUGCAAGAGGCACUUUUUCGCGGAACUUCUGACAAUGUCUCUGUUGUCGUGGUGUGGCUGCGCUAA